ACAAAUGUACUGGCAUGGCAUGAUAUGUUUGGGCAUGCUAUGGAGUUUGAUUUGGCUGCUUAUCACAUGACUGAGCCGUUUCGAAAGGUUUGGGGUAGCUCCGCUUGGAAAGGAGCAGAUGGCCCAGCUCGUUUCAAUUCAAAUCCUAUUCACUACAUUCGUAAUAAUGAAGCUUGGAUAGAGCAGUUGACUAGAAACUACAACGAAUUCGAUGUUCUGCAGGGUCUUAUUUUUGCUGGAUGGUCUCGGUACGACCACUUUGCUAUUCUGUGCGAAUUGGCUCCAGUUGCCCUGCCAACACUAGCUAUGACUAUGGAAACAAUUUUGGCAGGAAGACCCUUGCAGGGUAAUUACCCUCUCUCUCGAGACGCACUUCAGUGCACUCCUUCAACUGCCAUGGGAGCCACAUACGGGUGCAUUUUCCCCGGCCACAGGGUGUAUGAGUUGAUUAACGAGUAUUGGCAACGAAGAAAGCAGUUACAACAAUACAGAGAAGAUGAUUUUGAGCUUAAUGGUUGGCUUUCUAGGGUAGCGGAAACGUAUUCGAGUACUAGCCAGUGGUAUAUUGACAAGAUUGAACCUCUUCUUGACUAUCACGCAAAACCCAUUUUUCGACUAGAAAAGGAGCUGCGGAGUGAGCUUGAACGAAUCUACUAUCAGGUAAAACUUUGUUAUGGAAAAGCUCAAGGCAAUUUACUUCUCUGCAUCUGUUGUUGA